AUGUCGCUCGGUAUUUUGGGAGAACGCAUCACUGGCAAGGAGGUCCGCAGCCGCAACGUGUUGGCGGUCCAAGCCAUUGCCAAUGUCCUGCGCUCCAGCCUCGGCCCGAAGGGUCUGGACAAGAUGCUGGUGGACGACGUCGGAGACGUCACCAUUUCCAACGACGGCGCCACCAUCCUGAAGCAGCUGGAGGUACAGCACCCUGCGGCUAAGAUGCUCGUCGACCUGAGCGACCUGCAGGACCAGGAGGUCGGCGACGGCACUACUUCGGUGGUGCUGCUGGCCGUGGAGCUGCUGAGGCGCGCGAACGACCUGGCGAACAUGGGCAUCCACGCGACGUCCAUCAUCGCGGGGUACAAAAUGGCCAUCAGGGAGUGUGUGAAGUACAUCAAGGAGCACCUCAGCAAGCGCAUGAGCGAUCUGGGCGAGGACGUGGUCGUCAACAUCGCGCGCACGACGCUGUCGUCCAAGAUGCUCCGCGUCAACCUCGACUACUUCUCCGAGAUGGUUGUGAAGGCCAUCAAGGCGGUGGAGACGGCUGACGAGGCCGGGAACCGCCGCUUCCCCGUGGACGCUAUUAACAUCCUGAAGACGCACGGCAAGAGCACGCGUGACUCGUACCUGGUUAAUGGAUACGCGCUGAUGAUGGGCCGCGCCGCCCAGGGCAUGCCCAUCGACAUCAGCGGAGCCAAGAUCGCCUUUUUGGACUUCGCCAUAAAGCACUACCGCCUGCAUUUCGGCGUGCAGGUGCAAAUCACUGACCCCGUCGAGCUCGAGCAGAUCCGCCUCAAGGAGAAGAACGUGACGAAGGAGCGCAUUGCGAAGAUUCUGGCAAGUGGCGCCAACGUCGUGCUGACCUCCCAGGGCAUCGACGACAUGUCACUCAAGUACUUCCUGGAGGCGGGCGUGAUGGCUUACCGCCGCGUGCCUAAGAAGGAUUUGCGCAGAAUAGCGCGCCUGACCGGUGGCAAGGUCGUGCUCACCAUGUCCACAUUCGAGGGCGACGAGGCAUUCCCGGAAGACUCCCUUGGUCGCUGUGACAAGGUCUACGAGGAGCGUGUCGGCGACGUGGACUUCAGCUUCUUCGAGGGCUGCAGCACCUCGCGCGCGGCCACCAUAAUUCUCAGGGGCGCCAAUGACUUCAUGGUCGACGAGGCCGAGCGGUCUGUUCACGACGCUCUCUGCGCCACCAGCCGCGCUCUCGAGCAGGACUCGCUGGUUCCCGGCGGAGGCUGUGUAGAGACGGCAUUAUCGCUCCACCUCGAGCGCUUUGCGCGUACCUUGGGUUCUCGGGAACAGAUGGCAAUGGCGGAAUUCGCCGAAUCGCUACUAGUGAUUCCGAAGACACUGGCCCUGAAUGCCGCCCUCGACGCCACGGAGCUGGUUGCGAAACUGCGAGCCUUCCACGCAAAAGCUCAAGCGGAAGGUCCGAUCUCGCCCGAAGAUGCGGAUUACAGGUGGUACGGAAUCAGCCUCGCUGAUGGCGAGCUCCGCAACAACCUCUCCGCGGGAGUACUGGAGGCUACGGUCAGCAAGAUCAAAUCGAUCAAGUUCGCCACCGAAGCGGCGGUCACGAUACUUCGUAUCGACGACCUCGUGACCCUGGAGCCGGAGAAGGAGCCCGUAGAUGACUAA